AUGGCGGUCAGACAAUUUAUUUUUGCUCUUACGCCUGUUUCUUUACUUACCUUUAUUUUAUUCCAGCGCCUUCAAGCUAAGCACCCACAGAUCUAUGCCUGCACGUAUUCUGGAUGCAGGGUGAAAAUGACAAGGAAGCACGACGUCCAGCGACAUGAAAAGACUCACCUCACAGGUGAGCCUUUGAAAACACGAAAAUUCCCAUGCCCGAGCACUGAGUCUGGUUGCUCCUUCAGCAGCCUGCAACUCAGCAACCUAAAAGCUCACAUCCGGGCUAAGCACUCCGAAGUCGAGCACCUUAUGUGCUUCGACUGUAGACCGACGUACAGACGGUUCUCGGAUGCCGCCAAAUUCGCUGAGCACAGACGAGUCGAACACCGGCCUACAGAGACAUGGAACCUCCGCCCUGGAACCGACCCACACAAGCCCUGCCAUGAAGUCGUCAAGGGACCCGAGGGCAUCGUCGGUCGUCCGCCGGUGCUACUCAGCCCUCCCCCACCCCCCGUCGACAAGUUCCCGCUCCCGCCAACCGCUCCUCUGUCACGAACAUCGACGCUGCCCAUGUUUAUCACCACACCCACUUCGGCACUCCCCAGCCAUGAACCCGAACCUCAUCGUGAUCCUUCUCGCCCUCGGCGGCAGUGGUAUCGCGCCCCACAGCCACCUCAACAUCACCCAAGGCUUUCCUCAUCAUCAGAGAGACCCUGCGACGUUCAUCCCGACGAAGUGAAAAUGGGUGCAUGUGGUGCUCUAGCUCCCGGGGUGGCGGUGUGCAUGUAG